AGUGAUAUCGAAAUCUACGUCGCGAGUGCAUCAAAAUAAAAUUACAUUCAAUAAUAUUUUGCAGCGUGAUUCGUGAGUCUGUGUGUGUGUUUGUUCUGUGCAUUGUGCGAAACGGGGAAAAACUUAUAGCUGGCUUAGUAGCAUAUUUGGAAUUCUGUGGAUUUGUUUUUCCUAAGGUGGAAUUCGUGUCCAGUGAUACAGUGCAAAAUUACAUGUUUUCCCGACGAAGAUAAUAAGUUGUGAUUUCCUGAGCUUGUGAGGAAGGUGAUCAAAUGUCGCACUGGGCUGGUUGUUCUUUGACCCCGUUCUGGUGCUAGUUCGAGUGAAAUCUUUGUGUGAAUCGUGUACGAUUUGUUGGAGUUGCUAUUUUGUGUUCGGAUCACAACAAUGCCGAUCCUGUACAGCGUCAUCACCCGUGGCCUGACGGUCCUGGCCAAGUAUGCCGAGUGCGUUGGCAACUUUGCCGAAGUGACCGAGCAGAUCAUACCGAAGAUAAAGCUGGACGACCACAAGCUGACGUACUCGCACGGGAACUAUCUGAUACACUACAUCUGCGAGGAUAGGAUCAUCUACAUGUGCAUUACGGACGAUAGCUUCGAACGAGCGCGCGCCUUCCACUUCCUGGCAGAGAUCAAGAAGAAGUUCAUCCAAACCUAUGGCCUCACGGUGGCGACGGCGAUCGCAUUCGCCAUGAACAGCGAGUUCUCCCGGACGCUGGACCAGGAAAUGCAACACUACAGCGAACUGCGGGACGUGGACAAAAUCAGCCAGGUGCGCGGCGAGAUCGACGAGGUGAAGGACAUCAUGGUGAAGAACAUCGAAAACAUCACCAACCGGGGCGAGCGGUUGGAGCUGCUCGUCAACCAGACGGAGAAUUUGCGAAACAAUUCGGUAACAUUCCGCCAGACGUCCCGCAAUCUGGCCCGGACGAUGUUCUGGCGCUCGGUUCGGAUGUACUGCCUGAUUGCGGCGAUCCUGCUGUUUGUGAUCUACAUCGUGAUCAGCAUGUCCUGUGGAGGUCUUCUGUGGUCCAGCUGCAUACACAGCGGCAGUAAUACGGCCCCCGUUACGCCACCUCCAGCACCGUCACCGCCGGGAUUAGAAGACGUUUAGGUCCCGGAGGGACUGUAAUUCUACUUCGUUGAUGCAAUUGGAAAAGACUUGAAUAAAUUGUGGAUGGUGGAAGGUGGACCCCUUUUUUAAGUAGGAAACUUUUGUCACCUAAUUUGUCGUAAUCAAAUCAAAGGAGCAGACCUUCCUACUGCUACUUUUACACUUGGAACAGAAAGUAUCUUAAUCCCUCAACAGAACUCGAUGCAGUUCCCGAUCUUCUUUGUAGCCUUGUUUCAUACGGUUAUAUUUAAUCGCUAGCAUAGAAUGAUACCCAAUACUACGAAUCGUUAUCACUUAUGGAAUGCUUCAAA